UUACGAGAAAUCGUUAAACAGAUAAUUUAUUAAUGUUCAGUUUACCGCUCCACAUAAUUCGCUAAAUUUUGUAAAGGAAAAUUAUGCUCGCAAUAUUAAUUGAGAGCAUAUAAUAAAAGUGGGAAUUUCAAACAAAUACCUCUGAAUUUAUGGUUGAAACUGAAUCAGCGAGUUUUAAAUAGAUAAUAUUAUUUCACACUAAAUUAUUAUAAAUAACAAUUUUUAACAACAUGUGUUCUAAAGUUACGAUAACGAUAACUGAGAUCUCCGAGAACGGAGAUUAAACGCAAUCGAUUAAACACAAAUUUCGAUAAUAAAGAUAGAUAAUUUUAGACUUGAUAUUGAUAACAGUGUUGUGUAAUAUAAAAAUACGGUCUGUAAACCGUAUCGAGAUACGAUGCGUCCACGCACGAUGGAAUCUGAGUACUUUGAAACUACGUGGAAACUAAAGUUAGAACAGAUCCGCAGACACGUAAGAACUUUCUUCCGAAAUGCGGCACGAUAUUGCAAUCCGAAGAAAAAGGGCUACACCAGAUUUCUCACAGAGGAAGAAAAAAGGUGGUUGGCUGCCGCUGAGUACGACAUAUCCACCCGGCUUGGAAUCCCUUAUCAACCUUGAUUACCUUUUCGUGGACCAGAAAAUUGAGUUGCUUCAAGCUUUUACCGGGUGGGAGACUAAAAACAAAUAUGCUGUCACGGACAACAGAGGAGAGAUGGUAUACUAUGUGGCCGAGGAAUCGGAUAUCUGCUCGCGAUUGUGCUUGGGCAAAUACCGCUCCUGCGAAUUCAGCGUCUAUGACCGAAACCAACAAGAGAUUCUUCGUAUGGUUCGGCCUUUUAGAUUCGACAGCUGCUGCUGCCCUUGUUACCUGCAGGUCUUAGAAGUCUAUUCCGGAAAUACUCUGUUGGGCAGUAUUACUCAAGAAUGGAGUCUUUGGCGACCAAUAUUCAACAUUCGUGACGCAUCCGGCCAACCAGUAUUAAAGAUAAAGGGACCGCUCAUUCGUUUUUGUAUUGAAGUAGUAUUUAAGAUCACUUCCAUGGACGAGAAGCAUCGUGUUGGCAUUAUCCAAAAGCAGUGGAGUGGAUUCACUCGGGAGUUCUUCACUGUUUCCGAUAAGUUCGGCAUUAACUUCCCACGCGAUCUCGACGUGAAAAUCAAGGCCGUGUUACUGGGUGCAUGUCUUCUAAUAGAUUUUAUGUUCUUCGAGCAGAACUCAACGAAUUUUUGAAUAAUUGUUAAAAAAAGAAAAUACGAUUUGCCUAUUGUAUCCGUCAAAGCUUUAUAUAUAUAUAAUUAUAUAUAUGAUACAUCAAGAGUAAGAGAUCAGAGUAAAAAACCCGGUAAAAUGUGAUAUGAACAUAAACGAAACAUCACAAAUAUACACUUAAAAUAAAAUCUUUAUUGUGAGAUGUAAGAUGAGCUGUGACUAUUUUUUAUUUUCGAGUUAUUAUACAAAAAAUUACUAUUUUUAAGAAAAUACGUAAACAUACUUAUCUUUGAAUUUAUCUUCGAUGUAAUCGAAUUUACGUUCGUUGCCGAGAAUUCGAUGUCUAAAAGCUCUCUACUUUCUAAGCAAUUACUCAUUUAAAUAUUUACUUAUAUAUAAUUUAUGUUUUUUUCCUUUGUAUUUAAGUGGUCAACACGCAUACACACACAUAUUAAGAAUCUAUAAAGAUAAAAAUAUAAAUUGUUACGAUGGAAAAGUAACUCCAUUCAUUUCUCAAAUAAAAUUUCAGUUUGCAUAAAUUGUAUCAAGUUUUCCAACUUUGUAAAGUAAAAUGUACAAUACUGAGAUACCAUUCAGAAUUAUGUACGAUAAUAAUUAUACAUAUUUUUAUAAUCGUUUUAUGUAUAUAUAUAUGUAUAUCGUAUCAUUGUAAUCUCUCAAAUUUUGCACCACUUAUUUUAUUACUGCAUAAAUUUUACACAUUAUAAAUUGUAGACACUGCAAAUAAAAUCUGUUAUAUAUAUAUAUGCCUCUUUCUAUCUAAAAUUCCUUAAUUUUGCCAGUAAUAUAAAAUAAAUAAGUAGUUCUAUAUAUUCGCAAGAUUAUUAGAGCGAAAAAGUGAUUUUUAUUACACAGAGAUCAACUUCACAGUGAUUAAUAUUGCCAUUGCAAGAACCUGCGUAAUUUUCCUCGCAGAGCUUGUUCUUUUACGAUGAAUUAGCUGUCUAUACAAUUAAUAAAUUACAAGAUAUCAGGAGAAAAAGACAGAACGUUAUACAUAAUGUGUAUGUCUUUUUAUUUUUGUGUCUCAUUACUUGUAUUUUCAUCGUACAUCUUGUUGUCAAGUCGGCUGGUAGUACACUGUCUCUAUAAUAUGUCGUAGCGCUUUUGCUCGCGCGUGUGUAGUGCGUGUAAUAUCCGUCGCGCAAAUAUUCUUGGCCUCUCACGUGGUAAAAAAGAGAAUGAAAAAACAUGAAUUCAUUCCACCAUUCGCAGACUAGAAAACCGCAAAGCGCCAAAAACAGCGCUCUCGCCUCUUUAAAAUUCCGUGAUGAUCGCAAAACGGACAAUGAAAAAUCGUCGUCGAACAAAUGUUUCAUACCCAGCGACGACUACUCUCUCUUUUUCCUUAUCAUUUCAUUUAA